AUGGCGAGCAACGCGGCGCCGACGGACGCUGUUGCGCCGGUGAUGGCGGCGGCCGCGCCCGUGGACCAGCCCCUGCGAGCGCCCAGCCAUCUUGACGACGCCGAUGAAUCCGAGUGGGAGUACGAGUACUCGACCACCGAGACCGAGACAUACUACCUCACCGUCGACCUCUCGAUUCCCCAGCUCCUCACGCGAAGACGAAACGCGCCUGUAUCCGGACGCGGCGGGUAUCACUACAAACACUGGGCCGGCCCGCAUAAGAAGCCCGAUGAGCCCAAGCACCACCGCAUCCUGUCCGACGACGAGAACGACGAUGAGCCCGCACCCGAGGUGGAAGACGACGGCGACAUGGAGCAGGGCCAGAUGGACCCCAGCGCGGACAAGGGCGACAACAACAACGCCGCCGGCGCCGCGGACGAUCUGGGCGAGUCGGACGUGGCGGCGGACAUACAGAUCCUGGACCUGCACUCGGACAAGCCCAUGUUCGCGUACAAGGGCAAAGUCUUCGAGGGCCAGUGGGCGCGCAACCUGGGCACGGAGGUGCUGUUCGCGGAGCAUGACGCGGAGGACCCGUUGCCGUCGCUGCGGCACCUGCCCGGCGGGGUGGACAUGCUCGCGGCGAGCUGGGCGCGGAUCAACACGACGGAGAAGCGGCUGCAGCCGCGGCACGAGGCGGCGGCCAAGGACGACCCGCUCGAGGAGAUACGGCGGCAGCACGGGAUUCACAUUCCCAUCACGGCGGACAAGACGGGCGAGCGGAAGCGGCAGACGAGGUUCCUGGAGAACCUGAUGGCGCUGAAGAAGAAGAGGGGCGAGACGGACGAGGUCACGGUGUAUGCGCACGCGGCGCCGAGAGCAGCUAACGACGGCACGAGCGGGCGGAGGAAGAAGAGGAAGCCGCUGCCUGAUGGGCGGCCUAGCAAACGCCGAGGCCGCGGAAGGGGAGGGGCGGAUGUGGCUGCGGCGGCCGGAGCCGGGGCCGGAGCUGGAACCGCGCUGUCGACGCCGACGCCGGCAUCGUGGACGGAGCUGGGAGGGCCGGCUGCGGACAAGGAUGCGGGGGCGGGCAUCGACGAUGACGAGGAUGGGAGCGAGAACGACUCUGAAGAUUACGAGGAAGUUGAGGAGUGA